AUGGCCCCCGGAAAGCUUAAGUGUGCUGGAUGUCUGCAAGUCAUUACCGACAGGCAGUACUUGCGAUGCUGUGUUUGUUCGCAGUAUUAUGAUAUCAUUUGUGCGAAUGUGUCGGAACAACGUUUUCGCAACACGCUUACCGGACAACAUAGACUUAACUGGAAGUGUGAUGCGUGUAAGAAUAUGGAGCCGAAGGUAGAUAAUAGCAACACACCUCUUCGUGAGCACGACGAUAAGGUUACGCGUCGUCGAGGUGCCUCAGUUCUGAGUCCGCCUGAGGAGAACAGCGAUGCGCAAUGGGACAUGCGGUCACUCAUUGAGGAGCUGCGUUUAUUUCGUAAAGAAAUGCAAGAAAUGCGCAUUCAGGUACAAUCGUUUAAUGAAACUUUGGGGGCGCUCAUGUCCCGUGUCGAUAUCUGUGAAGAUAGACUGGACGAUCUAACGUUACGUAUUGACAAACUGGAACGUUGCGAUGCGGCUUCAGAAUCGGUCAACAACAACACUGCUCUAACUAACACCAUCGACUCCUUGAAGGCUGAGUUAAAUGAGCGCGACCAAGAACUGCUUAUGAAUGAUGUAGAAAUUACCUGCAUACCAGAACAGAAGGGAGAGAACUUGCAGCAUUUUGUGGUAACUUUGGCAUGCAAACUUGGAGUUCAAUUAGAACAACGAGAUGUGGUGAGUGCUGUCCGUGUCGGGCGGUCGCUGGACGUUAGUGGGGUUGGUACGUCGUCGUCGUCUCCACGACCUCGCCCCAUUGUCGUCCGUUUGGUGCGACGUGCUGUGCGGGAAGACCUUCUACAUGCAGCCCGUGUUCGCCGCGGGGUCACCACUGAAGGCCUUGAUCUCCCUGGCCCACCUCGUCGGUUUUAUAUCAAUGAGCGCCUAACUAGAAUGAACCGUCUUCUGUUUCGUCAGGCGCGUGGGAUCGGGGUGCGGCUUGGAUGGCGUUUUAUAUGGACUAAAGAUGGAAAGAUAUUUGGUAGUAGACAGCACGCUGGUCAGGGUGUUCCUCGUCAUCGGCUGCGAAACCGGGCGGACCUCGUCCGGGUUUUUGGCCCCGAAGCCGUUGGUCCUACAGAAGCCUGA